AUGCCUCCCAGGAAAACGAAAGGUGGAGGAAAGAAAGCAGCGUCAGGAGGAGACGAAGGUGGAUCGCACCUGCACCUGGAUCAAAGGCCGAUAGAACCUACUGGUCAGAAGAAAGACAUCGGGAAAGAGACGCAGAAAUUGGACGCACAGGUUGCGAAAUGCAAAGCUGGCGUUGCAUGGGUGAAUUUGCUGGAUAUCGCAGACACCCUGAAAUUCGGGGUGUACAACGAUCGACCUGAAAAAGACGAGGAAACGAACAAAUUAGUUACGUCCUUCAAGACGUUGGGUAUCACACCGAUGAAAGACACGGCAGCAAUCCCAAUCAUCGUGGAUAUGAAACGCGUAGAGAACAAGGACUCACUGUUGAAGAAUUUCGACGAACCGGAGAAGGUUAGCGAACUGAAGAUGAAGGACAAGAAUCAUAUCGUUGUCGCGUCGGGCCUAAGACAUUUUGCCAGCAUUGACCCCAUCACGUCAAACACAACCUCACCCAUUUUCGGCUUCCAAAUGGCAACUGGCAACGUUGACAAGGGGGGCAUAACUUGGGGUUUCAUCGGAAAAGUUCCCACGGUCAAGAAAAUGUUCCAUGGUCAAGGGGAGCUAUUGUGGUGUGGCGGUGAAGCUGCCUAUCAUAUUGGGUGA